AUGUUAACACUUGCCGAACCACCUUCAUCCGGUAGUGGACAUCUACUCAAACAGAAUGAUGGUGUACUCGAUACACUUUUCAGUGACAUAUCGCACCUUGAACAAGUGAUUGAGGUGUUGCUUGGAGAUAUUCAGCAAGGGAAUCAUUUAUUGCUAGCAGAGGAGCAGGGAUUGUUACAUAAAAAUAUCGCAAACAGACUGUUACAGAUCUUAAAUCGUCCUACAGAAUACAUACAAUUACACAGCGAUACAACGAUACAGUCGUUGACAGUACAGCUUAAUGGUGAAACUGGCUUGUACGAGGAUUCACCACUGGUCAAAGCCAUUGAAUAUGGCCAUGUAUUAGUUGUAGAUGAUGCAGAUAAAGCACCAACAAACGUGACGUGCAGUUUAAACACUUUAAUGCAAAACGGAGAAAUGGUAUUGAGUGAUGGAAGAAUAAUAAUUCCCAAGAAAAUUAUCGAUAUUUCCGGACGCAAGUCAGCGAAUUUCAUUCCUGUGCAUGAAGAUUUUAGAAUGAUAGUAAUGGCUAGUCGCACUGGAUUUCCGUUUUUGGAGAAAGACUUAUCUGCUUCUUUAGUAUUCAAAGCUGGCCGUAAAGGCACCACCGUCAAAGCAGUCGGCUCUGGCCCAGUGAUUACUACUGCUGUGUUUGGUGUCUAUGGCACGGGACCACAUACUGCUACAGCUGUAGCUACAGGUUUAUCAGUCGCCACGGCAACAGCAUUGACUUAUGGUAGGGGAAGCUCAACUGCUACAGCAACUGCUUCCGGCUCAUCGUCAUCAACCGCCACAGCACACUCAUAUGACGCAGGACGUGCCACCGCAACAGUGACCACAUCUGGAUAUUCAUUUGCUCACGCCACAGCGGAGGCAUACAACGCAGGAGGUGCCACUGCAACAGUAACCUCGACUGGUUCAUCAAAUGCCGGUGCCGUUGCACGCGCACAAGACUCAGCAGUUGCCACCGCCACAGCAACCACUUCUGCUUCGUCAUCUGUUAAUGUGCGGGCGAUCGCCAGGGGCAAUCAAGUCGUCACCGACACACAAUCUAGGCCUUGA